UUUUGCUUCUGCAACCUCCUCCUGGCCCCCAGCAAACCGCCUGUAACUACGACUUUACGCAUCUGCGCUGCACUAUAAAAUAGGCGUUGUGGAUAUACAGGGCUUAGGAGUGUACAGUAUUGUUUUUUAAUCGCCAAAAACGCCGCAAACAACCUCCGACGAGAACUGCCGAACCCCCGUUUCCGACCACAACACUCCUUUGCUUCACCAAAACACCCUCGGCUUCCUAGGCUACCGUCUGCGGUUCAAAUAUACAGAGAAACGCUUCAACGGCACCGUUUUCUGGUCAUCAUAGAUGGGGAAUUAAUCGCGAUUUUCUCUUAAUUAUACCCUGCGGGUAUCCGCCAACAUGACAUCCAGAUAUCAUUUUGACUCAAACCGGCGGUCACGGUCCCCGCGCGACAGGUCCCCAGACCGCUUCAACCGUAAUGGCCCCUACGAUCCAGACCGCCGUCGAUCCUCCGCAGAAUCACGCUCCAACUCCUCUGGCUUCCCGCCUAGAGAUGGAUUCGGCGAUCCUAUGAGGCGGGAUCCUCCUCGCGGCCCCAAGGCCCUCGGCGACAGCCCUGGUGGCCCCCGUGGCGGAGGGUUUGCGGGCGACUUUCGAGGUGGUCGCGGUGGUGGUCGGGGUCGCGGCCGCGGCUGGGCAAGAGAUGAUAGCCGUGAACGAGGGCGCGAUAGAGAUAUGGAUUAUCGUGACCGCUAUCGCGACGAGCGAAGUCGAGAGCGAGAUAGAGACCGCGACAGAGACUGGCGCGACCCGCGCGACUUUCGAUCACGGCGAUCACCCAUCCCCAGAGCACGCUCACCACCUAGAGAUUUCCGAGACCGAGAUCGCGAUCGCGACUUACCGCCACCACUGGACGUAGACCGUCCACGACGCAACUCACGCGACGGUGGCCCCCCAUCAGCCGGCUCCUCUGCCUCUGAUCCUGCCUUUGGUCUGCCGCCAUUCAGUCGAGGUGGCGGCUACAUCCGCGGCCGCGGCCGUGGUGGGCGUGGCGACUGGCCUUCUGAUCGCGGACGUGGACGAACACCAUAUGAUGAUCGUAAUGACCGUUAUCCACGCAGCCGCUCGCAGGAAGGACGCUGGCGAGAUCGCGAUGACCGUGAUCGCAACGACAGAUACCCUGACAACGAUAUGCACCGCGACAUGAGAGACGAUCGAGACCGUUCUGACCGCGACUUAUUCCGUGGUAGACAAGAAUCCAGAGCCCCGAAUGUAGCCGACACCAUCACACAAUCUAGAGAAGUCUCCCCUCCUCCAAUCGCGCCAUCAGCACCAGCCUUUGGGUCUGUUCCAAACCGUGCCUCCAUCUCAGAUGAUCGCAACCAUCAAAAUAGCAGCAAACCACACGGCGAUCGCCCUACUUCAUCUAGCAAUACCGCCACCAAGGACUCGCCAACGCUUUCUGACAGCCGACUUCCCGCUCGCCAAUCUAGCAAGCAAUGGAGCCGUGAGGCUGGCGGAUCAAGUAACAACCGCCAACAAGACGAAGCGGUCGACCGCCGAGCUCGUUCACCGUAUAGCGCGGAACCUGGAGAGAUCACCGUCAAAUCAGAGGCAGAGGUUGACGAACCAUCGCGAGAGGCGCCCAAAGAGGAACCAGCUCCCGAAAACGCCGACUCAAAACCUGCCGAAGGGGUUAAAAAGGCUGCAGAGGUGAAACCGAUUGUCGAUGCUGCCGAUCAGCCGAACAAGCCUAUGGAAGAGCCAAAAACCGAGAAGCCCAAACCCCGUGUAUUGCCCGCCGUACGCGCUGUUCGCUUUUCACUACCCUCCAAGACAGCGCCAGCAGAAAAUCCAUCGGAUUCCGAUGACGAUGACGAUAUGGCCGACUAUUUCGCUAUGCAAAUCGAUAAGACACAGGCAGAGCUGAACAAGCUCCAAGCCACUGAUGUCCCACUAGGCGUUCUCUCGCGGUAUGCUGCACUGUCCCAUGGCUCCAUGGUACAGCUCAUGUACGAGAAAGAAGGCCUAACAGAUAUGCUUGGUGAGCUCCCUAAGGGGGUUGAGCUUCCUGGUGAGACACCCAUUGCCAAGUCAGCUCCUCCUCAGGCUGUCGAAGAAGAGCCUGUUCAACAACCAGAGGUGGCCAGCCCUGCUAAAGUUGAGGAGGUGCCUACACUACAAGUUUCGGCGCCACCACUUCGCGCUGUUGAUGCCGAUCCCAAGCAUGACGCUAUGGAGCUCGAUAGAGAGCAAACACAGGAGCCCUCUCGUCCCCAAAGCUCUUCAAAAGGCAGUGUCAAGGCUAGUGAGGUCGGUUCUGAGGAGCCCAUGAAGGAUGCUGAUCCCGUUGUUGAAGAGGCUGCCCAAAUUGAACUUGACAGUGCAGAUUUAGUAUCGAAGCAGCCAAGCACGCCUUCACAAGUUGAGGACGAAGAUGAGACGGAGUCUGAAGACGACGCUUACGUGGAUGUUGACGCCGUACGUGAGUUUAUGAAGACCCCAGAGGUGACAGAUAUGCCAGAUUUCAACAUGACAACGUGGGAUAAGGACACUACGUUAUUAGAGUCGUUUAAUUCCGAUGCUGCGAUCGACGACUUUGUUCUUGAGCAUCUCAACCAGAUCAGCCUAGAGGUUUCCGAAGCAGAAACUGAGGCACGAAAGUUGUAUGCUGAGAAUUAUCUCAACUACCUCGACUUUACAGCAUCCAAUGACCCGGUGGCCCUCAAGAAUCGGGAUAAGUUGUCAGUUUCUGUGCCACCAGUGGAGAUUGCUGCCCCAACAACACCAGAACCAAAGCCUGAAAGUGGUCGUUCAGCCCGACGAUUUGCGACUGAGCGUGACCUGGAGCGCGUUUUGGAGGCUUCUAUGCGCGAAGACGAGGAAAGAAAGGAACGCGAACUCAGAGUACAGAAGGAGAAGUAUCGAAGCGAUAAGGAAGCCGUCAUUCCCGACAUGUAUUGGGACAAGGAGCAGCGUGCAGAAGCCCAAUUCGAUGACCGCACCGGCUACGUCCCACAAGAUCGCCUUGUUGCUGCCUGGCAAGUCCUUGCUCCAUUCGAUAACUUUACAACUGAGGAGAACGAAUUGUUUGAAAGGCGCUAUCUCGAGCACCCCAAGCAGUGGGGUAAGAUUGCUGAAGUUAUUCCCCAUCGUUCCUUCGGUACCUGCAUUCAGUACUACUACUUGAUGAAGAAGGAGUUGAACCUCAAAGAUAAAUUGCGAAAGCAGCCUAAGAGACGCAAGAAGGGUAGAGGUAAGCAGCGAUCAAGCGCUCUCGUUUCGGAGCUUGGUAAUGGAGAUGGAGAGACCGAGGAGAACCAAGAAACAGGCGAGAACGGCGAGAGACGUCGCCCGCGCCGUGCUGCUGCUCCUACAUGGGGCUUUGAACAGCCUGCUGCUACCGACGCAGAUACUUCGACGCCGGCAUCUACGCCCGGGCGAAGAGCCAGAGGCGAUGCUGCCGAGAAGCCUGACGGACGUCGGGGUCGAAGAAAGGCCAAGGAGAAGGAGGCCAAGCCGCUUAAGCCAAACCAGGCCUCAUCAACAGCAACGACCCCUGGAGGAGGAAAAGGUCGCCCUGUUUCACGAAGCCAACCCCCAGAUGCACCACCCAACCCUGUGGAAACUCGACCAAUGCCAACGCACUACGAUCAAGGCAUGCCUUCGUCUAUUCAGGCACCAUUCUCGGUUCAUUCGCAUUCAUCUACUGGUAUGGAUCGACAGAAGGUCUUGGCCCCUAGUAUACCGGAAGGCCUGGCACCACCUGCAUUGCGCCCCGAGCCGCCAUCGCAACAGCCACAGCCUGUUGGAGGUGCCGCGGGAUUCAACUCCAAAGCGCCAGUCCAAGCUUCUAGCUACUGGAGUGUAUCUGAAUCUAACGACUUCCCACAUCUCCUAAAGGCGUUUGGCUCCGACUGGACUGCCAUUGCUGCGCAUAUGGGCUCUAAGACAGCCGUUAUGGUUAAGAAUUACUUUAUGCGACAAAAGGAUUCAGGGAAAGCCGAAUGGGGCCUAUUUGUGCAAGAAUCUGACGAAAAGCGCCGACGAGGAGAAAAGUGUCCCGACCCGCCACAACCUGCAAGCGCUACAACCCGCGUCCGUCGAUACGAUGUCGCGUUGCCUGGCACCUCUCGACCACUUGCUGCAGCGCCGUCUAUGGAUGAGACUUCGCCUAUGAAGAUGGAUCCUCUACAAUCUGGGCGUAGCCAGCCGUUUUCCAACUAUGGCGGUGUUCCCAUUGCCAAAGCUCCAGGUCAACCUCCCCUGGCCAUGGCUAGCCAGCAAGCAGGAUCGCCAACCCUCCGCCCCGGCCGUCCACCAAUGCAGCCGUAUCCUUACUCGGAACGCGAUGCCAAGCACUCUUCAAUGCCACCACAGCCUGGAUCAGGUGUUCCCGAGCUUCGCGAGCAACGACCGCUUAGCACUCAUCCAGACAUGAUGCGUGAUAGGCAAGCUGCGGAAAUGCAGCUCCGUGAUGACCGCCAUGGUAUGCGUAUCAAGGAUGAGCAGCAUAGAUAUGACCCCUAUAGCCAUCACCGCCAAGAUCCCAUGAGACAAUAUCCUCCGGCGCCUCCUGGACGAGGCGGCCUGCUUGGAGACCCUCGACCUGCACAGUCUCCUCCGCUAGGUCCACCGUCCAGACCUGUCGCGGGCCAUCAACAACGACCAGCUUCUGGAGAACUUUAUCCACCACCCCAAAGCAGUACCCCGGUCCCUAUGGGUGGACCAUCGCGAGCUCCUGAACCUCGCAAGACGUCAAGCAUCAUGUCGCUGCUCAACGACGAUCCGCCACCCGCGCCUAAACGCGUUAACGAGGUCAGCGGACCAGGACCCUCGUCAACGCCUCCUCCCCCUCCCAUGGCUCGACCGCCACCUGCUCCCGCUGCUCAGAUGCGACGUGAGCCUGAAAGCCACUACUCACCUUAUGGAAGAACUCCACCUGGAGGGCCAUCCGGCAUGCCGUCACUUAAGCCUACUUAUGGAGGCUCACCAGGGCAGCCGCCACACAUGGGUGUUGCUUCGCGUGGCGAGCCACCCGCCAGUGAGAGAGACUACUACAGGCAGAGCACAUACCAGGGCAGCGCGACGAACUCGCCUCAAACCUCGCAUCGCUAUCCUGCGCCUGGACAGUCUCCUUAUCAGCCACCGGCUGCGUAUCCGUACGUAAGUGGCUCACAACCGCCACCUGCUGGGUCUCCCCAACUACAAUAUGCCCGCGGCCGUGAGCCUCCGCCACCCAGAGAUGGCGGCUGGUCCUCAUCAGGGCAUCAUACCCCCGUUCCCAAGUCAUCGCCGGUGCCACCACCUCCGCAGUCGUGGUCACCAGCGCCGCCUAGCCACAUGGGAGGAAGAGACGACAGGGGUUACAGCCGUUAUCCUCCACCAACGGCCUCUAGACCGCCCGAGCCUGUGCCGCCUCCCUCGUCCGCCUAUGGCCGCUACUCCUCGACGCCUGGACGACCAGAUCCUCGCGAGCUUCCAGGCAGAAGCUACACUCCUGUUGGCUAUGAUUCGCGUGGUCCCCCUCCCCCUCCUCCAGGACAUGGCUAUGGCGAUCCCCGAGGUGAUCCUCGCGGCGACCCAAGAGGUGACCCGAGAGGUGACCCGAGAGGCGAUCCCAGAGUCGAUCCACGGGAUCAUAUGAACCGUGGACUUCGCCCGCAAAAUUACGAGAGACCCCCUGAUAGAUAUGGUAGAUAGCGCAGUGCGCUACAGCUCAAUUGUUUGGGAAACUUAGCACUCUGAUGUACGAGAAGGAAGAUGCUUUUUAUACAUGUUUCAUUUUUAGUAAGGUGUUGGAUUAUAUUAUUGGCGUCUUUGGUACUCCAGUAUGCCUCGUGUAUAAAUACAGUAUUAUUUGAACAAUUCUUUUAUUAUUUUC